AUGAGUGUGCGGGAAAAGCUUCUCACAGGUGUAAACCUAAGCUUUCAGAAGAAAGAAGAACACGACGCACUCCAUCGUGGAAAAGUAGUCCGUCGUCAUGAAGAUCUUAUCAGUGACGCCAUGGGAGUCGGUGGCAUCCAUCUGACUGACAUCAUUCUCGACUUGCCUCAUAAUUUCCGACAAGAUGAGACUCAGAGAGUUGCUGAGCAAGAGGUCUUGAUGAAAGGAAUGAGACCCCAACCCACGACUUACGAGGAAAAGGCCGAAGCAGACACAACCCGUUCACAGAGAUAUGCUAAGCGGGCUUACCAUUAUAGAGCAAGGCUUCCAUAUGUCUACCGAAGUGGACGCCGGUUGAAUAUAGUGACCAGUACACAGAACGAAAGCCCGCACAAAAUCAAGGGCAUGGAACAUCGACAGCGGGCCGAUCAGAUCAUGAACGUCGAGUGGCGACAAGAACAAAAAAGUCGCCGAGUGAGCAUGGAUUUUAGUUCGUUCCAAGAGAAAUCCAUGAGAAUUAACGGGUACCGAGAGCGAACCAUACAAUCCAUUCACUUUCAACUACAAGGACACAAUUCUCAUCAUGAAAUUUUCGGUCCACCGCUGGGCAAGGAAGUCUUUGAUGGCCGUUGGGAUGAUCUCAGAACGGGGAAAUCUUUUUUACAUCAGGGUGACCAGUCAAUAUCUAUGACUGAUCUUGACAUCAUUGAUGUCGAUGGGGUAAAGCGCAGCUGGCUUUGUAUCGAGAUAUGCGGGCCCUUGAUAAACACCAAUGGUCCGGUUCCUCUUGUACUCGACCCGAUGCCAAGAUCCUCUAUUAAGAUUGCUGUACCCGCUGGCAAAGUCAGCUUGGCGUCGACCAUAUGGCAACCGCAGAUGAUCUGCAAAGUUUCUCAGAACCCAACAGAAGCGCAGAACGUGGAUGGAUUACCUGAGAUUUCUCUCAGCCCGCUCGGUGAAAUUGUAGAGCCGAACAAUGUGCGGCUGAGAAUGAGCAGACAUGGAAUCCCGAUUUUCGUGACCCAGUCCAAAUUAGACCAUGUUCCGGGUCAUUACAUCAUAGAGGACUUCUUUUCUGCCCAGAACGUAUUCGGACUUCCAUGGAAGGAAACAGACCGGCGAGUGAAGCUGGAGAACAAGAUGAGACGGAAAUCCGAGUUCUGGGAAGACGUGCACCAACAAGCGCGCGAGGACAGAAAGCAGUGGUGCGAGAUCCAACAGGCCAUGGCCCGCGACAGCUGUGUUGUGGACAUUGUUUUCCAGGGGGAUUGGGUUCACGUUCCCCCAAAUGCACAAGAGCAACACUUGAACCUUUGGUCAAGACCGAUACCCCGGCAGAUUUCCGCACCCUCUCGGCAGAACACCCGACAUGACAAAAACCUCACAGGUCAUGCCAUCCGCCACUCAAACAGUUCAGGUCUCCGAAAUGAAAUCAAGUGGUAG